UAGAUAUGGAGGGGGCAUUUGACAAUGUGAAUCCCAAUGUGUUGUUGCAGGAAAUUCGUCACAUCGGCAUUCCAGCUAGGACUCGCAAAUUUAUUGCCAAUCUUGUUUUUGAAAGAAUUUUUUUGUCAAGCAAGGCAAUCUGACUGGCCUGCUUCUUGCCCGCAAGAACACCCCCCCCCCCCAAGGAUCUGCUUUGAGUCGCUGCUUUUUCAUAUAUACCUGCGAGACAUUGGUUCUACGAACGCUCGCAUAACUCGGGAUAAAAUUCAGGCCGCUCUCUGUGGCAUUCAAAGUUAUCUCUUUUCGAAGGACUUGAAUGUGGCUCCUGCAAAAUCUCAAAUGAUGAUUUUAGAAAAACGCCGAAAGGUUUCAGCUAUCCCGCCAAUGCCGUUGCACGGGGAAAUAGUUCCUAUAGCAGAAAAGGUUAGAUUCCUGGGAAUUAUGCUGGACAGGACUUUAUCUGGUCGGGAGCAUCUCCGCUUUCUUUGUUAAAAAGGUAAAAAGAUUAUAGACGUUAUUGUCUCUC